UACUUUUCCGAAAUCUUUAAGUAUCACUUUCCAAUCAUGCUGGUUUUAUUUCCUCAUACGAACUUGAGAUCAGUGAUGAAAGCUCAAAUGUGUGUUUCCCCUAUUGUGUUUGAAGUGUUUUAGGCGAUGGAGGUGAUGGAGGAGGCGUCGGGCGCCCGCUUCUGUCCCACUAAAGCCCCGGGCAGCCUGAUGAAGUGGAGGAAGAGGGUCAAGUCCGAGUACAUGAGGCUCAGGCAGCUGAAGCGCUUCCGCAAGGCCGAGGAGGUGAAGGCUCUGUUCCUGUCAAACAGGCGUAAGAUCGAGGGAAAGAUCGACCUGUUAAAUGAGGAGUGGUCCAAGCUCAGGAUCCAGACCAUCCCUGUGUCCACACCGACCAGCUCGAUCAGCAGCAGGAAGCAGUGUACGGUGGAGUUCGGCUUUCCAUCGUUCCCCAGCCAGGCAGUUGCCAUGAGACCCCUGACAACCGUUGCCGGGAUACCAUUCAUGUACUCCUGGUCCCCCUUGCAGCAGAACUUCAUGGUGGAGGAUGAGACAUUUCUGCACAACAUCCCUUAUAUGGGUGAUGAGGUACUGGAGCAGGAUGAAGCGUUCCUCGAGGAGCUCAUAGAUAACUAUGAUGGAGUCCAUGGAGAUAGAGACAGAGGCUUCAUAAACGACGAGAUCUUUAAGGAGCUAGUGGAAGCGCUCAGUCAGUAUUCAGAUCAGGACGAGGAAGAGGAGGAGAGCACGGAAGAGGAAGAGGAGGAGGAGGAGGAGGAUGAGCAAGGUCUGAGGAAGAGCGCAGAAGAGAGUUCGGCGGAGAACAAGGCCGGAGGUCUGGCCUUUAAGAGGAAGCGCAGGAGAGUCGCUGAGGGCACUGAGCUGUCUGUCAGUAAGAAAAUCCCUCAUGACAAGAUCUUCACCGCCAUCGCGUCCAUGUUCCCUUACAAAGGCACGACGGAGGAGCUCAAGGAGAAGUAUAAGGACCUCCUGGAGCCGACGAGUGCGGUGAAGCUCCCUCCUCUCUGCACGCCCAACAUGGACGGCCCCUUCGCCAAGUCCGUGCAGCGCGAGCAGAGCCUGCACUCCUUCCACACACUCUUCUGCCGCCGCUGCUUCAAAUACGACUGCUUCCUGCACCCAUUCCACGCCUCCCCUAACGUCUAUAAGAGGAAGACUAAAGAGAUCCGGAUGGAGACAGAGCCCUGUGGAUUAGACUGCUUCCUGCUACAGAAAGGAGCGAAGGAGUUUGCAGAUCAGUACAUGCUGAGGUCACGGCGGUCUCGUCGCCGCCGCCGCCAGCCCCGCCCCUCCAGCUCAACAGGCCCCGCCCCCUCAGGUUCAGCUGAGGAGAGAAAAGAUGGAGAAAGUGACCAUGAGACAACAAGUUCCUCUGAGGGUAACUCUCGGUGUCCCACCCCCACUAAACUGAGGCAGGGUGAGGAUCUGAUGGAGGAAGGCGAGUCUCCUCUGCAGUGGAGCGGCGCAGACGAGUCGCUCUUUAGGGUUCUGCACGGCACGUACUACAACAACUUCUGCUCUAUCGCUCGCCUCCUCGGUACCAAGACCUGCAAACAGGUGUACGAUUUUGCUGUGAAAGAGAUGCUGAUUCAUCGAGUUCCUCUGGAAGAUGGCGGCAUCUCACCCCAAAAGAAGAAAAGAAAACACCGGUUAUGGGCCAAGAUCCAGUUAAAAAAAGAUAAUUCAUCCAAUCAAGUGUACAACUACCAGCCAUGUGACCACCCAGAGCAUCCGUGCGACAGCUCGUGUCCGUGUGUGAUGACCCAGAACUUCUGCGAGAAAUUCUGCCAGUGUGAUCAAGAGUGCCAGAACCGUUUCCCAGGGUGCCGCUGUAAGACACAGUGCAACACCAAGCAGUGUCCGUGUUACCUGGCCGUGCGCGAGUGCGACCCCGACCUCUGCUUGACCUGCGGAGCCUCAGACCACUGGGAGAGCAAACAGGUUUCCUGCAAGAACUGCAGCAUCCAGAGAGGACUCAAAAAGCACCUGCUCCUGGCUCCAUCAGAUGUAGCAGGAUGGGGAACUUUCAUCAAGGAGCCGGUUCAGAAAAACGAGUUCAUUUCAGAGUACUGCGGAGAGCUUAUUUCCCAGGAUGAAGCAGACAGAAGAGGCAGAAUCUACGACAAGUACAUGUCCAGCUUCCUGUUCAACCUGAACAAUGACUUUGUGGUGGACGCAACACGAAAAGGGAACAAGAUCCGCUUCGCCAACCACUCGGUCAAUCCCAACUGCUACGCAAAAGUUGUCAUGGUGAACGGUGACCACCGCAUCGGGAUCUUUGCCAAACGGGCCAUUCAGCAGGGAGAGGAGCUGUUUUUCGACUACAGGUACAGUCAAGCCGACGCUCUCAAAUACGUGGGCAUUGAGAGGGAGAUUGACAUGGUCUGAUUUUCCCACCUGCCGCCUUUCCUGCCCACAAUGCACCUCUGCACAAUCAGGACCAUGGUUCCAAAACGGUUGCCGGGAUACAUCCUUGGUUACAGGAAAGGACUCAUAACAUUACGAUAAAUGGUAUGAUAACAGAAUUGCUUAUCACUAAAUAAAAGAAAAAGUCAUAAAACUUUCCGUAUUUAAACAUGAGAUUAAUAGAAUUGUCUGAACUAGCAUGUUUGUUGGUCUGUUAAAUAAACAGGAUGCUAAUGUUCUUAUUAGAAGUCAGUCUAACAGGUCAAUGAUUUGCAAAAAAAAUUUGAAGGAAAAUCUUUAAAAUAUUGUAUACAAAGAGGUUUAACUAGCUUUCACGCUAAUUAGUUGUGCAUUUACAUUCCCAGCAUGACCUGACAGAAAGCACAGGAAUGCUAAGCUAAUGAAGCCUUCAGCUAUAAGUUACAGAUAGCUGAAUGUGCUAAAUUUGAUGUUUCUGUUACGCUUGCAGCAUUGUAGGUUAGUACAGAAAAUAUUAGUGUAUGCCAUUGUACUAAUAUAAAUGGCGCACAUUCUAUUCAGAACAUUAGCUAGUCAUGAAUGGUAUCACCUGCUACAGAGCUAGCAUAUGGACGAUUAGCAGUGUGUCAUGUGGGAGGAUUUCUACUCGCAUUCACGCUACAGCAACGACGGGGGUGAGUUAUCAUCCUAAAAAAAAAAUAAAUAAAUA